GAGGAGACGUAGGGACUGCCGAGAAGAGAAGUAAGAACUGCACUAAUCCUCCAGGAAUAGCCAAUGGGAAGGUUAGAAUAAUAAGAAAGACACAUGCAAUAUACAGUUGUAAUCCUGGCUAUAAGACCAUUGGGAUUCUCUUGAUCAGAUGUAUUAAUAGCAAGUGGACUGGAAAUCCUCCCACAUGUCAGCGAGACUCGACACCUCUGUCGUGUAAAACACCCAGAAGAAUCCGAAAUGGAGAUUUUGAGCCACAUAAAGACGACUACCUGGUUGGUACCACUGUCAAGUAUUCCUGUGACGACAACUACCGGCUCAGAGGGAGUGCCAAAGUGACUUGUACCAACGAAAAAAGCUGGUCACCCAAAAAACUUCCAAGAUGUAUAAAAAGAGCAAAGUGUAAGGAUCCAGGUACUCCCAAACAUGGUCGCCGGGUCGGAAGUUUGUUCCUAGAGGGAACUCAAGUCCGGUUUUCCUGUGAUGACGGAUAUGAGCUCGUUGGUCUUCAGUCACUUCAAUGCGUUCCGUUCUGCAGAUCGUGCAAGACAGUAAGAUGGAACGGAACAACUCCAGCAUGCGAAAAAUUUGAUCCCUUAAGAGGUUUGAAGAGGGUCGCAGACAGUCUCCGAGAACAUUUCAUCGACAAACUGAGCUGGACGACAACCGACAGUUUGGCACGCGCAGGUUUGUCCUCGGGAGCCGGAGGCCUCGACUUGGUGUUCGUGUUCGACAGCUCAGCAACUGUCGGUAGUGCGAACUUUAAAAAAGGAGUUGAAUUCGCCAAGACAAUCAUCGACGAGUUUGGGAUAUCGGCAUCUCCCAUGGGAACGAGAGUUGCUGUUGUUACAUUUAGCUCGACAGCUAAAGUAGUUUUUAAUCUGCAAACGAACGCAAUGGCUGACAAAGCAGAAGCUAUAAGGACUCUCGACAACUUAGACUUCAUUGCCGGUGGCACCGCUACACGCCUUGCAUUGAAUAAGACCAUUGAGGAAAUCGUUCCUGAGGCCCGAAAAGACAGCAAGAGGGCUUUGUUCCUCAUAACUGAUGGCAGGUCCAACAUCGGUGGUGAUCCAAGCGCAGAUGCUUCGAUACUGCGUGACUUCCAGAAGUUUGAAAUCUACGCUAUUGGUGUAACAGACAGCGUGAAUGAAAAGGAACUGCGCAGUAUUGCUUCUGAACCCUUCAGAACGCAUGUGUUCCUUCUUAAGGACUUUGAUGAUUUAGCCAAGCUUAAACAGCUGAUCACGGCCAAAGGAAAUGAUUACAGUGAAUGUGGCAUCGCAGGAGAUACUCAGCUGAGAAAUGACGAUGAUGAAAAUUUCGGCUCUGUCAGUGGAGAGGAGGCGAAGCCAGGAGCCUGGCCCUGGCAAGCAGCUAUCUACGUGAAGGGAAAUUUCCGGUGUGGUGGUGCACUUAUCAAAGGGAACUGGGUUAUAACUGUGGCGCACUGCUUUUUCUACGAUGGGGCUGUGAAACCGAAAGAUGUUAUCGUAAGGAUGGGAGAACACAAUCGUUUCAAAGAAGAAGGUGCUGAGCAGAAUAUCGGAGCAAAGAAGGUUAUCCUACAUCCAAAUGCGACCCGGGGGAACUUAAAUAUAGGAAAUGACUUGGCUUUGAUUCGCCUAAAGCACGCCGUGAAAUUCUCACCGUUGGUGAGAACUGUAUGUCUCCCAGAACCCACGGAUGUAUUCUACGUCAGACCACGAAAAACGUGUGUAGUAGCCGGUUGGGGAUCUUCUCAAAAGGUUUCGUCGGAUGAUUUAGCAGGCCCACCGAAUGAAGUCCUGCAACAAAUUCAAAUGAAAUUCGUAUCCCAGCGCGAUUGCCGCGAAAAUGCCACCAAUGCCGCGGCAAUAACAGAAAACGUUGUUUGUGCUGGUGACGCCACAGGAAAGAAAGAUGCCUGUAAAGGGGACAGCGGUUCACCCCUUGUGAUCAGACGUUCCAUCGAUGACAGCUGGGCGGUGAUUGGUCUAUCGAGCUGGGGAGAUGGGUGUGCCACUAAAGGAAAAUACGGUGUGUACACGCGACUGAAAAGUCAUUUGCGCUGGAUAAAGCGGAAGACGAACAGAAAAAGUAGUAAGAAGAACAAAGAUUAAAGAGAAGCGUUCGAUCAAACUUAACGGAGAGUGGUAGGGAAGGGAAGAUUCCCUGUUUUCAUAACGUAUAUGGACAAGACUUAGAUCUUUUAAGAUCUGAUUAAAAUUGUAGUCUUUCUUUUAGUGAUUUCCCUUAUUUACCGCGGGGGGUGGGAGGGUAAGGGGCAUCGAUCACUAUUAAGUCCUCCACUCCCUCCCCCCAAAGCGAUAAACAAGGAGAUGAUUAACAUAAAUAAGGUUCCAUGAACGAGAGUAGUUACCUCUUACGAUAAACUCGUCAAUGUUAAUUUUCACCGGCAAAACACUGUUAACUACAAUACUUUUUGCUGGAACUGUCACUGUAUGGUUUAGUUUGCGGAUAAAUAAAGUGCACUGACGUACAA